AUGUAAAAUAAAGUGUAAGAGAAUUGUUAUCAAACGAUGGGUAAAAAGCUAAAAAAAGCAGUUGGAAUUUGAAUUUGAUGCAUGGCGCAUGUGCUAAUUGUGACAACGCCAUGAAUGAAUAUGUUGUGCAUUGAGCACACACCCUUGAUUUUCAUCAACCAGAAAAAGUAGCUCGCUCACUCUCCACUUUUCUCUCUCUCUCGCUCUUUGUUGGUUCUGCUCUCUCACUCACGGUGUAUGUAUGGAAAACUGCUACAACGGUAUUCAAAUCGAAAUCGAUAAGUACGCAAGGAACAGCGUGAAAAACGCUGCGUGAAAACGUGAAAAUUGCAUUUCAAUUGAUUAACAAAAUAACUUUCCAUUAAAGUAUUUUGUAUACAACUCGAUACAACAACAAAGCAUGUCCAAAAAAAGUGUUAGCACAUAGAAUUACUUGAAAUCGUAGUGCCAGAAAAACUGCUUGAGGUAAUGUAAAGUCAUUUGAUUGGAGCUCGAAAACAACAAACCGCUUCUGCUUGAUAGAAGAACUGUGCCCAAUUUUGUGCUAGUAGCAAAGCUAUCAGAAUGCAGCCGCCUCCACGCAAGGGUAAUUAUGUGAAAUUCCUGAAGAAUUUGCACACGGAGCAGGUGGCCAAGUUGCAGCUGAAGAAUCAACAUGAGUGUGAUCUUCUCGAGGAUAUACGGCAGUUCACUCUUAAGCGAUCGGCCAUUGAGAAAUCAUAUAGCGAAGGACUGCUUAAGAUCUCAUCGCAGUAUCUCAACAAGAAAAUCCCAAAUAUACCUGAUAUCAAAAUGGAUGGCAUGGAGGAACGUUGGAAUAUGUGGAGCGUUUGGCGCACCGUGCUUGAGGAGAAUGAGAAAUUGGCCCGUGCUCGGCUUGCCGCCAUUGAGGUAUUCCAGCAACAGAUUGCCGAUGAGUCCAAGGUGCUUCGGGAUUACAAGCUGGCCAUUGCCAAGCGAUCGCUCUCGGGGAUUGUCAAUGUGCAGAAGGAGCUCCAUUUGAGCGUUGGGGAUGUCGACAAGACCAAAAAGUCGUACUUCGAUGAGGAGCACUGUGCCCACGAUGUUCGCGACAAGGCCAAAGAUAUCGAAGAGAAGCUGAAGAAGAAGAAGGGGUCCUUUUUCCAGUCCAUCACAUCAUUGCAAAAGAACAGCGCCAGAGUCACCUCUAGGAAGGAACUGCUUGAGGAGAAGUCUUCCGGUGCACGAAAUGAUUAUAUACUCAGUCUUGCUGCUGCCAAUGCGCAUCAGAAUCGUUACUUUACCGUCGACUUACAGACAACGAUGACCACCAUGGAGAAUUAUGUCUUUGAGCGCGUCGCCGAGUACCUGAUGCUAAUGGGACGCACGGAAUUGCUCACUUGCUCGGCCACGCAGAACAGCUUUGGCAAGAUCCGGGAUCAGGCGCAGCAGCUGACGAGGGAAUACAAUCUGCAGUGUUGCUAUCUGUUCUAUCCGGUGCUGAAGCAGCACAUCCAGUACGACUUUGAGGCAUGCGAUAAUGAUCCGGUGCGGAAGGUGACUACGGAGCACGAUUCAGCUACCGAGACGCUGACCAAGGAGGCAAAGAAUUUGGCUGGUCGAGUAGUUAAGGAGAAUGCGUCGAUACGGGAGCAUGCUAAGAAAUUGGCAUUGUGCCAAUCGAUGCGGGAUGCAGGACAGCGGUCAGAUCCCAAUGAUCCUAAUGGGCCGGAUUUAGAUACCAAAAUCGAUGAGUUCCGCGAUCAAAUACGUCGCUCCGAGACGGAAAAGGCCAAGGCAGAGGCGUGUCUGCAGUGUCUACGUGAUGGUGGCAUCAACGUGGACGAAUGGGUCCAGGAGGCAGAGAUUAUGGGUGUGCAGGAAUUGACGCGUUCGGCUAGCUCCAUUUCCAUGCGCACCGAUGCAUCCGGUCAGGGUGAAAAUCCCAGCUCCGACUCGUUCUACGAUAGCGACAAGGAGGAGGCGGCUGGAGCCGCUGCCGCUACCACUUCCAAGCCCAAACAGGAGCAGCAACUCUCGCGGGAUCGCACCUUCAGUGACAGCGAUGAAGAGCCCGAGGAACGGGAACGGGAACGUGUUCAGCCAUCGACUGCGGCACCUGUACCCAUGAUGACUGCCAGUGGCGGUGCAGGCGGUUGGGAUGAUCCGACUGAGGUCAACUGGGAGAACGAAGAGGAGGACAAGGAUGAGCUCAUUGUGCCCGAGCCCAAGGAGGCAAUCUUCAAGUGCACAGCGCUCUACAGCUACACGGCACAAAAUCCUGAUGAGCUCACCAUCGUUGAGAAUGAGCAGCUCGAGGUUGUGGGCGAGGGUGACGGAGAUGGUUGGCUGCGUGCCCGCAAUUAUCGGGGCGAGGAAGGCUACGUGCCACACAACUAUCUGGACAUUGAGCAGGACGCCGCUGGUGGAUCUUCAGGCAAUCAAUUGCGCUCACAAAUCUCAUUCUCAUCUGUCGAUUAUACUGUUGACAAUGAAGAUCAAACGGUGGACUCAAUGCAGUCGCCCGAUCAGGUGUCUGUCAUCAUGGCACCACAGAAGCGCAUCAAAUCCGAUGUUGAGUGGUGCAUUGCACUCUACGACUAUGACGCGACCGCCGAGGAUGAGCUUACCUUCGAGGAGGGCGACAAGAUUAAGAUCAUUACCAAGACAGCACAUGGGGUUGACGAUGGCUGGUGGGAGGGUGAAUUGGAUGGCAAGUUUGGCAACUUCCCAUCGCUGGUCGUCGAGGAGUGCGAUGAGAUGGGCGAGCUGCUAAGCGAUGGAGGCGACGAGUCACCGCCACCAAUGGCACUACCCAAUUUUGCAUUGCCACCGGCACCCGCAUUGCCGCCAGAGUACGCACAUGAAUUGUCGGACAUAACGGAGGAUAUGUUCGCCUCACAGGAUACGGCAGAUGAGGAUAGAGAUAGUGGUUAUAUACCAAACGGCGCUGCAGCUCCCAGCAUGCCUCCGCCAGUGCUUAUUCAAGAGCCUGGCUUGGAGGACGAUCUCAGUGACGAUGGGAAGAUGCCACCGUCAAUGCCGCCACCACAGUUAGCCAAAGGACUGGAGAGCAGUGUAGCCAAAAGCAGCGCCAAUGCGAAUACUUUGAACUUAGGUAUGGCACAAAUAAUUGUUACCGCUGCAACCCCAAUGGUUGAAGACGGUGCCGAUAAAUCUUUCCCACCAGUAGGAGAGAGUGAAAAGUCAAAGACCCCUGCGGCUAGCGAUAAGCAGCAGCAGAAACAGCAGCAGCAUCAGCAGGAGGAGGAACCAGAAUCCAAGAAACAUCCAGUGGUGGAUAAAAAGCCCAAUAUUGUGCCGAAGCCAACGGCUAAAGUGUUGCAGCAAAAGCAACGGUCGUCACAGGCAGCGACAACUGUACAAGAAGAGGAUCAACAGUCGAGCCUGGAUGCCACGGACACGGCCUCGGAUGAUGGGCCCGUCCUUCCAGAAGCAGAGGAUCCAUUCACUGAGAAAUCCACUGAAGUCGGCAGCAAUGCAUUUGAAGCGAAUUUUGAGGCCAAUUUUGAUGCCAAUUUUGAUGACGCGUUUGCCAGCGGUGCAGGUGCAGGUGUAGGUGUAGGUGCAGGCGAAGGUGCAGGUGCAGGUGGGGUAGGGGGUGGAGGUGGGGGCGAGAAGUCCCUCGAAUUGGAUAUGAAUUGCGAGGCACCUGCCGAGGAUGUCAUUGAGGCGCCCAAACAGGUGGUCGGUGGUAGGGCUAGUAUACCCGAGGAAUUGGACUCAAAUCAAUUGGCACGUUUGGAGAAUCUAAAAGAAUCGAACGCCUAAAGAGCGUCGAGGUCUCAAUCUACAACUUAAAUGUUGCUCGCUAUAUUUUAGGCACUCAAGCAAGGAGCACAAUAUGUUCUAUAUAGACUAUAUAUUCACGGACAGUUAUAUAGCGCUCAUAGAUGCACCACCACUACCACCACCACCACCAAACAAUCCACUCUGUUUGCAUUUAAGAUUGUCCUCUAAGAACUGUAAAAAAGAGGCUCGAUUUGUCUUUUAAACAUACCCAAAACAUGCAAUAUUUAAUGAAAUAAUAAAUGUAAUACAACGACGCCAUAGUGUACACAGCUCAAUGAUCAUACCAAGCCCCAUACUAUAUAUAUAUAUAUAUAUAUAACUUAAUUACUAUACAUAAAAAUGCAUAUAUCACUGUUUAUAUAUGUAUAUUAGUUUGUAAUAUGUUAAAAUCUCUAAAAUACAAAUGAUAUGUAUAGCAGGCGUGUUCCAAAUUCUCCUUUAGCAGCAAUUUCACUCCCGAAAUAUUUAAAGCUCGUUUUUUUGGAUCAGUAUAGCAGUAUAGUAUUAAUUGAUAAUUAUCAACGAUUCGCAAAGAAAGCUUUACUUAUUUUUAUGAAAUUGUGGCGAUAGUAACAUUCUGAACUGGUCUGCAUAUAAGUAUAUCAAUAUAUGUAUAUUGUAAUCGUUAUUUGAAUAGGUAACUGUCACAAUCGUUGUAGUUUUAGUUUAUUCUCAGUUCAAAUAUCAAUUAAUAAUCGAGCAAUAAUAAGUACACAUAUAUGUAUUUGUAUAUAUCUAAGUCAACUAUACAGUAAAAUAUUUUAGAGAAAAACUAUAUUUUAAUUGUUUAAACGCUUAAUUAACAGAAAUAUUAUUAGCCAAUGCAAAAGUUUUUACAAGCUUUGAGACAAUUUAUAAUUUACAAUACUCAGUAUACAUAUGUACUUAUUGUUAGCACAUAUAUAAACAAGGAAUUGUGUGCAUCGUAGAAAAUUUCAAAUUUAAGUUUUAUUUCAGUGAUGCACAGUUUAUUCUAAUUAGUUAAAUUAUUUGCGUCAUUCAGAGUCUUAAAUUUUAGUCAAAUUACUUAUCUCGGUUUAUACACCUGAAAUGCCUAAUUAAAUGUUGCAAAUCGAAUAUCUAUAAAAAUACUCAAAGCUUAAAUUUCAAGAUGAAACUGAUUACAGUAUGUGCAGCCCUCUUAUAGUUAAUUUAAUUAAAUGAAUAAAUAUAUAUCUUAAAAAAUAUAUAUAUUAACAAAGUAAUUAAAAUAUACCCCAACGUAUUGUAUUGUAUGUUAUUGUCAAGUGAGGUCAUAAAACUUCUGUUUAAUGAACAAAUAAAUUAAUAAACACAUAAAA